AUGUGGCUCACUGUGCACUGGUUAGUCACCCGCCUCCCUGACCGCCUUGCCACUGCUCGCGACGCGCUUCUCCAGAAGCACCCCACUGAGCUCACUAUCGAUCUCCUUGAGACCGCUCUCGGGACGAUCGAGAGUAGCCUCCUUACCGUUGCCUCCGCCACUGACGCGGUGGCCCCCUGUCUCUUUGCGGGAAACGGGGGCAAGAGUAGCAAGAAGGGCGGGAAGGGGGGAGGUGGAGGCGGUGGAGGCGGCGGUGGAGGUGGCGGUGGAGGUGGGAGCGGCGGUGGUGGAGGCGGCGGCGGCGGUGGCGGCGGAGGAGGUGCACCGGAAGGAGGGGGCCUUGGAGGAGGUGCAGGACAGACAGGCCCGCCCAUUGGCGGUGGCCCGACCAGUGGGGGUGUUGGACCCCAGCAGCAGCAGUCGCAGCAGCACCAGCCACAGCAGGGACAUCAGCAGCAGCAGGGACCGCAAGCAGCAGCAGGCACCGCAGCAGUUCCAGCAGUGGGGGCCCCCAUUGCAGUGGGGUCCGCAGCAGCACUGAGGUCCCCCGUCGCAGUGGGGUCCGAGAGGACCAGGGAGCACCGGCCGCAGCGGCAGUACUUCCAGCUAGGCCCCUCGCCCCCCUCGCCGUGA